UUGCUUUUCCCAUCUCCAUUUCGUUCGGUCGUUCCUUCGCAUGAGUGUAGAGUUUUGCACGAGUUCUUCUUCGUUGCUGUUCGACUUCGCUCCUUCGACGACGUUCCCUUCCUGUUUUGGAUCGGAAGUUAAGACAUUUUUUGAUCGGAAGCAACAACGGGAGCUCGCUUGCUGUGAAGCUCAAAUCUGCUUCAAUUGCAUUUCACAGCAGCUGAAGAAGACGAUAGGAGAAGAUGAGGAGGGUUUUUGGAGCGAAGAAGAAACAGGAACCCCCUCCUACUAUCCAGGAUGCCACCGAUAGGAUAAGCAAAAGAGGUGACACAGUAGAUGAAAAGAUAAAUAAGCUUGACUCUGAGCUGGCUAGAUACAAAGAGCAAAUCAAGAAAACCAGACCAGGUCCAGCUCAAGAAGCUCUUAAAGCUCGUGCAAUGAGGGUACUUAAACAAAGACGGAUGUAUGAAGGACAACGAGAUAUGCUAUAUAAUCAGACCUAUAAUCUUGACCAAGUUUCCUUCGCUGCAGAAGGACUUAAAGAUGCUCAGCAAACUAUGACUGCAUUAAAAACUGCUAAUAAGGAGCUGAAAGGAAUGAUGAAAACUGUCAAAAUUCAGGACAUAGAUAGCAUGCAAGAUGAGAUGAUGGAACUGAUGGACGUAAGCACAGAGAUACAAGAAUCUCUUGGUAGAAGUUAUAAUGUUCCUGAUGAUAUUGAUGAGGAAGAACUCAUGGGAGAGCUUGAUGCCUUGGAAGCUGACAUGGGCACGGAAUCUGAAUCUUCAGUUCCAUCUUACCUUCAACCAGAUAAGGAACCUGAUCUUGAUGCAGAACUCAACUUGCCUGCAGCACCAAUGGGACAUGUGCCUGGCCGGCAGAAUGUUCAGGCGGAGGAUGAACUUGGUUUGCCUUCAGUUCCUCGAGCUUCUCUACGAGGCUAAAGUUCAAGCUGAUUCUUCAUGAAGAAGGCAAUACGCUUUACCUUAAGGACACAAACUUACGAUGGCUAUGUUUAUAUUAUACUAAAAUGUAUUUUAUAGAAAGUAAUUGAAAUUAACAUUGAAGGAUAUAGCUAUCUGUCCAUAGACUUGUCAGAUUUUUAGUUCUCUUUUGAGGACUCGCGCUAUUCAUUGGUGAUGAUUUGUUGAAAAUAUUUUAUUACCCACUGUCACUCUAACUCUUAAGGGAAGAUGAGGUAUUGUCAGUUAGUUUUAAGAGCCUA